UGGAACAGCCGUGUCAGCACGCUUUAGCUCGACAUGCGCGAGCAACGCGACGGAGCCUUCGAAAAUAUUUCUCUACCAGAAGGGGUCUCUCUGAGAGAAGUAGGAGGAAGCUUGCCCAUCAUGAGUUUCUCUACUGGAAAGCGAAUCCUAUUAUGGGGUUUGCCGGUCGCCUUGCUCGUCAUCGCAGGAGCCGUUCUUGUUUACCUUGUCCUCGCGCGGAGUGCCACUUCCUCUCCAAGAACUCACAAGGCAAACGAGGAUCCGACGGGCUUCACGCUGCAGCACGUGAUGAUCGUGCAUCGUCACGGCCUCCGUGCCCCUUCGCAUCUUUCGAAUUGGAGCAAUCCCGACGAUUAUCCGAUGGGUGUGGGUUACCUGACCAAACUCGGCAAGCAAGGAUCGCUCCGAGUGGGAGAAAUCCUCAGGAGGUUCUACGGCAACUUUUUGACUUAUUCGCCCCGAGAAGUAUGGGCUCGCAGCUCAACUUACCCCCGGUGUUACGAGACAGAAUACCUUCUGCUAGGCACCCUAUACCCUCCGCGAAGUUUCUGGGAUUUCGGUCUAUCAGUGCAGCCGAUUCCCAUCACCAUGGUCCCGAAUGGAAACGAUGUUCUCAUCGAAUCGUGUACAGCAAGCGUUCCCGGGGAUUUCAAAUACAUGUAUAACGAAACUCACCGAGAACUCCAAGAAGACGGUUUCGAAACGUUCGGAGAUUUCAUGGAAUGGCUCGCGGAGAACUCGGGAUGGUCAACCGAAAACUCUGAAUUCUACGAGCCCAUUAUCGAUGCCCUCUACGCUCAGAAGUACAACGGCCUACAUGUCCCAGAGUGGGCGGAAGCGAAGUGGAAGUCUAUGGACUGGGCAUUACGCAGACUCAGCUUUGACUACUGGAAGCUCUCCGUUCCAUACUACGGACAAUACAUGGGUAAAAUGAUUGCGAAUCGCACCCUAGGAUCUGCUGAAGGCAGCCACAGAAAUCGACUUUCGAUCAUGUCGUACCAUGACACGUCGAUCCAGGCGAUUCUCAGCGCAUUGAAAUUCGAUCACGUGGCGAUGUAUCCGUCAUUCCUGGGAGCCCUUCACUUUCAGCUUUACAAAAGGGAUUCCGACGGUGAAUUCUACGUACGCUCGAUCUACAGUCGAGGCUUCACCGCUUGCGGGGACUACCGCGACGCAUCCCAGAUAACCAUCCAAGAUUGCCCAUUCCCUGACUGCACAUUGAAAAAGUUCGUCGCGGUCAUGAACGGUCUCUACCCCGAUACGAAUCGAAGCUCCUGCCCGCCUAUAGAUCUGAAAGCUUUGCUCUGAAAUGUACCUCCGAAUCGGGGAGUUUCGAAGAGUACAUCCAUCAUCCCCCCGAGAUACCGAGCUGAGGUGGGUGGUCCUCGCUGGAAAAUCUCCCGCUGGAUUUGCGUCGACUCUUGCGAUUCGGAUUCUCAAAGGAACCCGGAAUCUCCCUAUCCCCCUAUAGAAUAAAGCAGUAAUGUCGGUCCGUCACCGUACCGAAAA